AUGCAUCCGUUCUGCGUUUUUUUUCCACUUCAUUUCAGAUGUAAAACACCUCAGACGCCGGAAGAGAAGGAAAAAGUGGAGGAAUUACAUAAAAACACAUUGAAGCGAAAAGCACAGAUUCAUGAAAUCGAACAGUCACUACCCGCCCAAUCCGGCUUGUAUCUGAAGAUCAUACUCGGCGAUGUCAACGUAUCAAUUCUGAACAGAAACGACAAAGUUCGCUACAAAGAUGACUAUGAAAAGUUUAAAUUAAUACUCAACGUAAUUGGACUGUUAAUGGCGUUUCUCAAUUUGAUAUUCAACUACAG